AUGGUGGCGUACGACUCCCUGGCCGCCGCCCGAACGGUCGUCCUGACGUCCAUCCUCGGCCUUGGGUCGUCGGAGACGCCGUCGCUGCGCGUCCAGCUGGUCGAGCAGCUGGUCAGGGCUGGCCCGCCACAUCUGGGCAUGUACUCGAUCCUGCGGUCUCCCACGGAGCUCAGGGUGAUGUCGAAGGCCCUGGGCCACGACACCAGUCUCCAGGUGGACAACCCAGAGUUCAGCGAGGCCGACCAGCUGCUGGAUUGCCUCGUGGGGAGACGUGCGAUCGACGCGCUCCUGUUCUACCUGGACAUGCAGUUCCGGGUGCGGGUGCUCCUGCAAGCGGGCGCCGCCCUCGGACUGGGCGCCCUCGGCCCCCCAAUGCCGCAUCCGCUGCGCCACGGGGGGUCCAGCCCCGAGUGUCCGACAAACGCCUGGACGUUCGGCUACAUCAAGAAGCGCACCCUAUGCAGAAUUCUGAGCUCCUGGGCCCACCUGACCGACUCGAAGGUGCACCUGGAGGUCUUCAGUGCCUCCGGGAAUUGGUCCCAGGCGCUGCGGCGGAGCAUGACUUCUCGCUUGGCGCCGCGGGUCUUCGAGCUGGACAUGGACCAUGAGCCCACCCUCGGUGACCUCAGCCGGCGGCGAGCCCAGCGCGCGGUGAGCGGGUGGCUCCGUGGUGGCCUGUUGCAGGGCGUCUGGCUUGGGAUGCCCUGCAGCUCGUGGUCACGGGCGCGGAAUCGCCCCAACGGGCCACCACCCCUGCGGGGCGCCGCCCACGUGCUCGGCCUGCCCGACCUGUCGUCGGCUGACUCCCUCAAAGUCGAGACGGGUAACAAGUUAUCGCAGUUCUCUUUCGGCCUGUUUUUGGAAUGUGCCAGGCGCGGAGUCCCCGCAGCAAUCGAGAACCCUUCCACCUCGUGGAUCUGGCAGACCCGCUGGGCCCAGCACGCUGCGCGCCAGCCAGGGGUUAAGACUGUGGAGUUUGACUUCUGCGCCUUCGGCACAGCUUGGAGGAUGCAGAUGAAGGGCGAAAUAAAGCUCAAGGAGUGCAAGGCCACCGUGGAGAAGGCCAAGAAGGCCUGCCAGACCAUCUCGGUCGCCAAGUCGGCGCUCAUCUCCACCGCCAUGAGGGAGCUGGUGCAGAAGAGGGGCAUCACGGUAGACGCCCUCUUCGAUGAGCUGGCCGCUUCGGGCGACAAGAUCUCCGAGGAGGCGUUCAGCAGGCACGUCGCUGCUGCCGACGGCACCGCCCUCCAGCCGGAGCACGUCGCUCUGGUUGCGCGGAGCAUCGAGGCGGGCGGCAUCUCCAGGCGAAGAUUCCUCGGCUUCGUGCAGAGAUAUUACACGGUGGUUAAGCCUAUCGCUAUCACGGACGUCCUCGACGUCACGAAGGCGAAGACGAAGAGGAAGGCCGAGGUGAACGAGAUUAUCGAGGUGCUAGAGGGCCCGUGCAUCGAUGAGAAGCUCAAAAUGAGCCGAAUCAGGGGGAAGUCUCUGGUCGACUCCGUGGAGGGCUGGAUCAGCAUCCAGGGCAACCAGGGCACCCCGUUCCUCACCGAGGCCGCAGAAGCCGUAUUAUUAUUGCACCGCGGAGCGGCGUUGGAGAAGGAGUUCCAGACCUCCGAGCCGGCAGUGCGCACGCUCGGGGCGGACGAGAUCGUGGAGCUGCUGGAGGGCCCCCGGAAGGAGACCUUCGCGCCGGCGCUGCGGGCCCGGGGCAAGGCCUGCAAGGACCAGGCCCAGGGUUGGUUCACGGCGCGGAACAAGAAGGGCACCAUCUUGGCGGAGGCCGACGCGAAUUAUUACUCCUGCGUGACGUCAGUGGCCAUGACGGACGAGCUGGACGUCAAGAACUGCAACGUGGUCAGGAAAUUGGCUGUAGGCGAGCUUUUCACCGUGACAGAGGGUCCCGUGGAGGAGAAGGAUGCGGGCAUCACGCGCGUCAAGGGCAAGGCUGUGAAGGACGACAAAGAAGGUUGGAUCACCAGCAAGGGGAAUGCUGGUACGGUCUAUGCAGAGCCGAGCAAGAAGCAUUGGUCCAUAGUGCAGGAGCAGCCCCUGACGAAGCUGUUCAAGAGCACGGGGGCGGUAGAGGAGGUCCGCAAGCUCGAGGCUGGCGAGGCCGUGCUCCUGCUGGAGGGCCCCAAGGAGGAGACCUUCCCCCCCGAGACGCGGAUCAGGGCCAGAGCGCUCAGCGACGGAGCGACAGGCUGGGUCACGCUCAAGGGCGCCGCGGUGAAGAAGUGGUCGCCCUUCUACAAGGUGGUGGUGGCUGGGCCAGCCCACGACACCAAGGCGAUAGAGGGCGCGCAGGUGCUGAGGGAGACCAGCGUGGGCGAGUCCUUAGAGUGGCUGGAGGGCCCCGUGCAGGAGGGCCAGGAGCUCAGGAUGAAGGCCAGACUACAGAAGGAUGGAGUCGUCGGCUGGGUGAGCAUCAAGGAUGCAGAGGGGAAGAGGCUCGUGGACAACGCCGCCUGA